AAACAAAAACAAAAAGUUCUAUUUGAUUUGGUAAUAUAUAUAUAUAACCUCCAGUGCUCCACAUACAAACUAACUCCAAUCCGGCCAUUUCUUUCUCUUCUAAAUCAAUAAUGGGCUUCUCGACGGCGGAGCGCGUUCCCACGGCCGACUCCGGCGCGGCAGCGAAGAGCCCAUCCACAGGCCUGCUGGCCUCCAUUACAGCUCUCGCGGCUCGGCUUAGCAGGAAGCUGAGGACCAAGCAGGCGAGUCCGAGCCCCAGGUCGCCGCUGGCUCGGCCCAAGCACAUGCUGAAGACCAUCAGCCAAUCCGCCAUCACUUUGGUCCACAAGAAAAAGAGCAAGCCCCAGAAGGACCAUGACGAAGAAGAAGAAGAGUGGGGACACGGCGGUGUCUGGCAGAGGGCCAUCUUGAUGGGCGACAAAUGCCAGCCCUUGGAUUUCUCCGGUGCAAUUUACUACGAUAAUUACGGCAACAAGAUGGACCAAUUGCCUCCCCGUUCGCCACGUGCCAGUCCUUUACCCGCUUAUCUCCUCGCAAAAACUGCAACCUGAGACUUUCAACCCAGACCCGACCCGACCCGGCUGUGAAAUUUUUCAUCAUUUUCGGUUUUACUCACAUCCUCCUAAUUUAAAAUAUUUGUGUUCUCUGCAUUCAUAUUGCUAUCAGUGGUCACUUUGGUGACCCCGGCACCCACGGGUGACAAUAGGAUCUCAUUUGUAAAUACAAAUUUUAGGUUAAAUCAUAAGUCUAGUCUCUGCAGCGCCAUUUUUGUGAUAAUCGUAUAUUUGUUAGUUUUUUUUUA